GGUUCCAAGUCUCAGAGACUCGGGCGGAAUUUAUUAAAAAAAAAUUAAGAACAGAGGUUAUAUAGAAAAAGUAAGAUACGGAUUCACUCGUGUACUUGUGAUUUUCGAAAACACAAAAAUGUCGGAACUGAGAUGGAAGUGUCGGGGUCUGAGAUCAGUGAUCGUUCUCUUCACCAAUUUCGCUUUAGCUUUUGCCUUCGUUUCCGCUGAGAGGGGCAUUUUUGAUUCCAAGGCGAGGGAAAGUGACGAACCACCCAGUUUCUUCCUGGAUUUUCUAUGGGAACCUGAUCAGACAGGUUAUCAUCAUGUCUGGCCCGAAUUUGAGUUCAACUGGCAAAUUGUUUUGGGCACACUCGUUGGAUUCUUUGGAGCUGCGUUUGGUAGCGUAGGAGGUGUUGGUGGAGGUGGCAUUUUCGUACCUAUGCUCAGUUUGAUUAUCGGCUUUGAUCCUAAAUCAGCAACAGCUUUGUCAAAAUGCAUGAUCGUGGGAGCUUCUGUGUCAACUGUGUAUUACAAUCUUAGAUUGAGGCAUCCUACGCUUGAUAUGCCAAUCAUCGACUACGAUCUCGCGCUGUUGAUCCAGCCCAUGCUUAUGCUUGGGAUUAGCGUUGGUGUCGCUUUCAAUGUCAUGUUUCCAGAUUGGAUGGUCACAGUACUCCUCAUAAUCCUCUUUCUAGGUACAUCAACAAAGGCGUUUUUGAAAGGUCGUGAGACUUGGAACAAGGAGACUAUAGAGAAAAUGGAAGCUGCUAAGCGUUUAGAGUCAGAUGGUGUAUCUGCCACAGAAGUAGAAUAUAUGCCUCUUCCUGCAGCUCCGAGCACCAAUCCUGGAAACAACAAGAAACGAGAAGUAAGUAUUAUUGAGAAUGUAUACUGGAAGGAACUUGGGCUUCUCGUUUUCGUCUGGAUUGUUUUCCUGGCACUGCAGAUAGCCAAGAAAAAUAUGCCAACUUGUUCAGUAGGAUAUUGGGUCAUAAACUUGUUACAGAUUCCGGUUGCAGUUGGUGUAUCAGGCUACGAGGCAGUAGCUUUGUACCAGGGUAGAAGAAUCAUUGCAUCUAAUGGACAAGGAGGCUCUAAUUUUACCAUUGGUCAGCUUAUUCUUUACUGUUCAUUUGGCGUAUUGGCGGGUGUAGUCGGUGGGUUACUUGGUUUAGGCGGAGGUUUUAUCAUGGGACCAUUGUUUCUUGAGCUCGGUGUCCCUCCACAGGUCUCAAGUGCCACAGCGACUUUUGCUAUGACUUUCUCUUCAUCCAUGUCAGUUGUAGAAUACUAUCUUCUCAAACGAUUUCCUAUUCCAUAUGCUCUGUAUCUUGUGGGAGUGGCAACAAUUGCAGCUUUGGUUGGACAACAUGUAGUCAGAAGACUGAUAGCAGUCCUCGGCCGAGCAUCCCUCAUCAUCUUCAUCCUCGCCUCCACGAUUUUUAUCAGCGCCAUAUCACUUGGUGGCGUGGGAAUAGUGAACAUGAUGGGCAAGUUGCAACGGCACGAGUACAUGGGUUUUGAAAACCUCUGCAAGUACAGUGGUUAAAGUUUAACAAUCUGGAUAAUGUCAAAGAAAAUAUCUCGGUUUUUAACUGAAGCCAAGUCGUCUCUACUCAGUAAGUAUAGCUUGUAAAAGUUCUCAUUCUUGAUGGCAAGAUUUAUUGUCUUUCGAUUUUUGUGUCUAUUUCUUUAGUCUAGAGACUAUUGCGCUUGUUCGCUAUUUGUUCUAAAAUAUGUUUUUCUAAAAUACUUAUGUAAUGUUGGACAACCAAAACGUAUAAAGUUAUGGUUCCCCAGCCGCGGGACAUCUC